AUGGAUGUUUGUCCAGCGCCCGGAAAGUCUGAUUCGCACUUGCAAGACCAUAUCGCAGGGUUAAAGAGCCUUUGUGUCUUCCCAAGUCUUGGUGUCAUUGAGAACAUGGCGCGCCUUUGCCGAGGAUUGCGAAAGAAGGAACGUUGCACGGUCUGCUUUAACAGCAAAUCUGUUAAGAAUUUGGAGAUUCUCCCUUGCCAGCACAAAUACUGUGAUUAUUGUUUCAGCCGAUUGGCACUCACAGCCCUGGCAAACGAGCAGUUGUUUCCGCCGAAGUGCUGCUCGCAGGUGAUUCCGUCCGAGCAAGUCCUCUCGAAACUGACAGAGAAGGAGAAAGCCCUUUUUAAGCUUAAAAGGCGGGAGUAUGCGACACCGGCCAGAGAACGCCGGUAUUGUCCCGCGAUGAGAUGCGGGAAAUGGAUACCGCCUGAGAAGUUGAAAAUUCAAUCAGGAACACAGCUCUGCCCGUAUUGUGACACUGCCAUCUGCCCGGGCUGUCAGGACAAGGCUCAUGCACCUGGCAAAUGUUCCUUCGACCCUGGGCUGACUGAAUUUCUCGAACUCGCCAGAACCCAAGGCUGGCAGAGAUGUUUUCGCUGUGGGGCAAUGGUUGAGCUUAAUGAGGGCUGCCAGCGUAUAACUUGUAGAUGUGGCGCAGAUCUUUGCUACAAAUGUGGUGGACCAUGGAUUAUCUGCCAUCACAACGCGUUGGGGAACGUAACCGCAGAAUGCCAAACCGGCGCGCCUUUCAGAGACGGAUUGGGAACGCAUGAUGUAGGUGAGCUUGCUGCUAUUGUGGCUGCCAUGAAAUUCGCCGAGAGAGAGCUGGAAGAAUAG